AUGAAUCUGACUCGUCGUGGAAUAAACAAAGAAGAAACGCGCUCAGAUCGUUUACACCACACAUUGAACGUUCAAACUCAACAGAUUAUGGUUUGUUUGGAAGAUCUACCUAACGAAAUUAUCUAUCGUAUCUUUGAUAAUCUCAGCGUCAAUACGAUCAUAGUAUUUAGUUGUACUUGCAAAAGGUACCUUCAAUGUCGUCAUUUGUAUAACCAAUAUCAACUGAGCUUUCAAUCAAUAUCUAAAUCGAAUUUUGAUUUACUAUGUCGACUCAUUCGUCCUUCGAAUAUUAUUUCAUUGACAUUAAGUGAUGAUGAUAACGCAACUCCUGGUCAAAUUCAAGCGUUUUUAAAAACUUAUCCGAUCCAUCAAUUGACUCGUCUGCACUGCUUGAAAUUAUUUCAAAUCGAUGAAACGCAUCUAGAAGAUCUAUUGAAACCUUUGCAGAAGAGUCCAUUAACAUCUCUUUAUAUCGAAUAUCGACAAUAUUUUGGAAUGCUAAAUCAUUCAACACUUACGACUCUCUGUGAUAUUUUAUCAUUGAAAACUUUACGAACACUUCAUUUAGACAUGAGAACCUAUCAAACAGAAUCGAUACAAUGGCCACAGAUCACGCAAAUCGAAUACUUAAGUCUAUCUAAUUCAACUUUCCAUCAGUUCGUUCAAAUCAUUGGAAGAUCGAACACGUUUCGAUCGAUUUAUCUCCGACAUGUUUCUAUGAAAGAUGUUGAUAACCAUUCUAUCAAAUAUCUUCCGCUAAAGCAGAUCGAAUCAUUUCGAAUCGAAAAAAGUGAAUUGUUUUUCGAGAAAAUCCCAUGGUUAUUAUCAUUCAUGCCUAAACUUGUUCAUCUAAAACUCGAAGGUUUCACUCCUAAACUCGAUCAAAUCUUCACGAAUGAUCGAUUCGAAGAAUUCAUUCAAAUAAAUCUACCCGAAUUGAAAACUUUUCAAUUUUUCAUUCGAUUUUCACCAGUCGAAUUCAAAAUAACAAACUCAUUAGUCGACUCUUUAAUUAAACAAUUCCAGCGGUCAUUCUGGACUGAACAAUUACAAUGUCGCGUCAUUUGUGAUUUCAUUCAAGAUUCCAACGAGCUACAUGUCUAUUCGACUCCUUGUCCACAUCAUUAUCUGAAGUAUUCCGAAGUGUUAUCUCUUGCAUCAACUUCCAUCUCUUCGGAAUUGACUUACCUCAGCGAAAGAUUAGAUUUCGUUUACGAACUAGAUUUGAAUCUCAAAGAUCUAUCAAAACAAACGAAGAAUGUUCGGUGCUUUCCAAAUCUAAGAACUUUAAAAUUAGCAAUUAGUGAUCAAUAUUCAUCGUCCGGUUUGGAACAUCUUUCCAAGACAAUUCAUUUGGGAAAAUUAAACAAAUUGAUUUUGAUUAUUUCGUCCCGUGGGGAUCACCUCGGUAUACUUAUAAAACGAUUCCUUACUUUACUAAACGAUCUACCAGCUGUAACAACAUUGGAAAUCUUCAAUCGAUGGUAUGGAAUAUCCUCUCUCGUUCCGCUGGAAUAUUUUUGUACAAUGAUUCCGAAAAACAUCAAGCAUCUGAAUGUAGAUACGUCGAAUAUGAACGAAAUUCCUGUACUUAUCGAACAUCUACCGCAUGUAUCAAGCUUUAAAUUCAAAUUUGCGUUCGACAAAGUAAUUUUCCUUCAAAAGAUACUCGACUGGCUGACCGCUAAUCGAAUCAAUUCAACAUACAUAUCAGAUAUGCAUUAUUUAGCGAUCUGGAUUUCGAGACCUGUGAGAAACGUUCAAACGAGUAAACGAAUAAAAUUGAAUUAG